CCGGGGGGGGAAAGGUAACACCAUGAAGCCCCCCGCGGCCCAGCCCCUGCCCCUGCUGCUGACCCUGCUCUCCUGCUGCUGGGGACCCGCCCUGGCCAACCUCUCCCAGGACGAGAGUCAGCCCUGGACCUCGGAUGAGACGGUGGUGGCCGGAGGCACCGUCGUCCUCAAAUGCAGUGUCAAGGACCCCGAUAACUCGUCCCUGCAGUGGUCCAACCCCGCUCAACAGACCCUCUAUUUUGGAGAGAAAAGAGCCUUGCGAGACAACAGGAUUCAGCUGGUCCACUCCAGUCCGCGAGAGCUGAGCAUCAGCAUCGAGAAAGUGUCCCUGGCAGACGAGGGAGAGUACACCUGCUCCAUUUUCACCAUGCCCGUUCGCACGGCCAAGUCGCUGGUGACUGUGCUCGGAGUCCCCCAGAAGCCUCUAAUCACCGGCUACGAGUCUCCAAUCAGGGAAGAGGGCACCGCCCGCCUCACUUGUCGAUCUUCAGGCAGUAAGCCUGCUGCCCAACUGAGCUGGAGAAAGGGAGACCAGGAGCUCAAGAGCGAGGCCACCCGAGUGCAGGAGGAUGCCAACGGCAAGACGUUCACGGUGAGCAGCUCGGUGGAGUUCCAGGUGUCCCGGGAGGACGACGGGGCCGCCGUCACAUGCGUUGUGAAGCACGAGUCCCUACAGAACACGGACCGCUCCACCUCUCAGCGCAUCGAGGUCUUGUAUACACCGACGGCAUCCAUCAAGACCGAACCCCUCCAACCCCGCGAGGGUCUUCAGCUAACGCUGCAGUGCGAGGGACAUGGCAAUCCCGUCCCUCAGCAAUACCUGUGGGAGAAGGAGGGGAGCGAACCACCACUGCAGAUGGCCCAGGAGAGUUUCUUGAUCUUUCCCCUGCUCAACAAGAGUGAUAGUGGCACCUACCGCUGCACCGCCACCAACCACCUAGGCAGCCAUGUCGCCUACUACACCCUGAGUGUCAACGACCCCAGCCCCAUGCCUGCGCAGACCAGCACCUACCACGCCAUCAUCGGAGGGGUAGUGGCCCUCAUCGUCUUCCUGUUGCUCAUCCUGCUCAUCGUCCUAGGCCACUAUCUGAUCCGACACAAAGGCACCUACCUGACGCAUGAGGCAAAAGGCUCUGACGACGCCCCCGACGCGGACACGGCCAUCAUCAACGCAGAGGGAGGCCAGCCGGGAGGGGACGACAAAAAGGAGUAUUUCAUCUAGAAGCGCCCACGUCCUCCAGCCCCCUCCACCCUCCCACGGGGUGGGGAGGGGCAUGGGCCGGGGGAGCGUCCACCCAAGGCUAGCCGGGGCCGCGGCACCAACCCGGACUUGUACAGAGCCCCCUCCAUCCCCCACCCAACCAGGGGACGCCCCCUCCCCCUCCCGCUUGCUCCCCAUCCCUCCCCCCACCUCCCCGCUGUACAGGUGUCUGCUUGGGCGCGGUUUUGUACUCGGUUUGGAAAUGUGGGGGGUGGGAGAUCGGGCGGGGGGCGUCGCUCUCGGCCCUAUCUGUGGCUUCUCUCUGCGUUUGGAUUUCUUUCUUUCUUUUCUGAACAAACCAGAAACACAUCAGUGUCCGGGCGGGACGAGAAGAGGGGAGCUCUCUCGCCCACCGCGGUGGGGAUGAGCGUGGGG